AUGUGUGUCGGUCUGGUUCCCGUCGUAUUUUUUCCAUACAUCGCAUAUUAUUCCCGAGGUCUUUUUGAUUAUUUACAACUAGAUACAACUGUUGUGGUAUAUUCUAUGGGUACUGGAUUUGCAGGUAAUGGAGGAGCCGGAGUUUUUCUGAGAUUUUUGAAGUUAGAGUAUGCGUUCAAUCAUUUGCUGUUUUGGUUCGGAGUGUUCCUCUCAAUGAUCACUCUGUUUGCCUAUCGCCACCAAAGCAUUCUUCCUCAAUCUCAUUUUCUAAAAAUCAAAACUACAAAUUUCGCAACACUUGUAAUCUUAAUACACUUCAUGACUUUUUUGUUUACCAUCCCAUUUCUCGCCACUUUCCCUGACCAGGAAGUUUCCCUGAAUGCUCUUCAAAGAGUGUACAGUAAUCCACCAUGUGAUCUCUGGCAUUCGCGAAUAGUUAUUUUUUGGUUCGGGAUGAUUAAGCAGAUCAUUGGAUAUGUAGUCUUUCUCACUCUUUGUAGUAAUCUUAUAGUUGGUAUUGUAUUCCACAGUUUUCGUAUCAUGAAAGCCUACAAAACCCUAACUUCCAAGAACACAAGGAAACGGCAGAUGGGGUUCUUAUAUGCAUUGAUACUGACGGCGACUAUACCGAAUGUGUUUUUGUUCGCACCGACUAUGGUUUUCAUAUUAUGUAGCAUUCACUCUCAUUCUUACAAUGCAGUUCCUGGAGACAUAAUAGUGUGUAUUGUUGGUCUUCAUGGGCUUCUGUCUACAGUAACCUUCAUUCUGAGCUAUAAGCCUUUUCGAAUGGAGCUGGUUCAUUGUAUGAGACGGUGUUUUUUUUGGAAAUCGCAGACAAAGCAAAAGAUCAUACGCUGUGAGCAGAUGACAAAAAGUGUCAGAUACUGA